GACUGCAGACAGCUUUCAGACACGCGGAAAAGCUGAAGCCGAGAUAGAGGAAUGGCAACUCCUGCACACAAACGUUGAAUGUUGAAACAAAAAGGGCAACCAGAGCUACCUUCCUUCCACAUUCUACUAUUUGUUUUAAGCAAGCAAAAUCAGUAAAGAAAAGCUAUAAAAGCCAGAGGCCAUGUCAGCCCAUUAACUUUAAAGUCUUUUGCAACAAUAUUCUUCUCUUCUUCUCUGGUUAUUCCAUUCUUGUUUUCUCAUUUUAUCUUCUGUUCAAUCUUCCAUUUAACCAUUCUUUUCCUCUCAACCCUUUUCUUCUUCUGUGCUGCUUCUCUGUCUGUUUCUCUGUCUCUGAGUUCUAAUGGCGUCUCUUGGAGAUAUUGGAGUAUCUGCAUUCAUUAACAUUCUCAGUGCAUUUGCAUUUUUGCUGGCCUUUGCUCUUCUGAGGCUUCAGCCUGUGAAUGGCAGAGUUUAUUUUCCAAAAUGGUAUAUAACUGGCGGAAGGAGAAGCCCGAGGCAUACUGGGAAUUUCGUUGGGAGGGUCGUCAACCUCAACCUCAAGACUUACCUCACUUUUCUCAACUGGAUGCCUGAGGCUCUGAGAAUGAGCGAGUCUGAGCUUAUUGACCACGCCGGCCUCGACUCUGCUGUUUUUCUUCGAAUUUUUCUACUCGGCUUGAAGAUUUUCAUACCAAUUACAAUCCUCACAAUCUUAGUUCUUGUUCCAAUCAACGUGUCAGGUGGAACACUAUUUUUUCUAAGAAAAGAAUUAGUAGUCAGUGACAUUGACAAACUUUCAAUAUCAAAUAUUCGACCUAAAUCUCAGAAAUUUUGGGCACACCUAUCAAUGGCAUAUUUGUUCACAAUAUGGACCUGCUACAUGCUUUACAAGGAGUAUGAUAGAGUAGCAUUUAUGCGGUUACAUUAUUUGGCAUCACGACAACGGCGUGUAGAUCAAUUCACUGUAGUGGUUAGAAAUGUACCUCAUGUUUCUGGUCACUCAAUAUCACAAAGUGUGGACCAUUUUUUCCAAACUAACCAUCCAAAUCAUUAUCUUGGUCACCAGGCUGUGUAUAAUGCAAAUAAAUUUGCCAAACUUGUGAAACAAAGAGAAAGGCUUCAAAAUUGGCUGGAUUAUAACCAACUUAAGUAUGAAAGAAAUCCAGAAAAGAGGCCGACUAGAAAGACAGGAUUUCUAGGCCUUUGGGGUGAAAGAGUGGAUUCAAUUGAAUUUUAUAAGCAAAAGAUGAAGGAUCUUGACAAAAGGAUGGCAUUGGAACGCCAGACGAUUCUCAAGGAUCCAAAAUCUAUAAUGCCAGUAGCUUUUGUUUCAUUCAAUUCGCGAUGGGGGGCUGCUGUAUGUGCACAGACACAACAGAGCAAGAAUCCUACACUAUGGCUUACUAAUUGGGCUCCAGAACCACGUGAUGUGUAUUGGAGGAAUCUUGCUAUACCAUUUAUGUCUCUGAGCAUCCGGAAGCUUGUAAUAUCAAUAUCACUGUUUGCAUUGGUGUUCUUUUACAUGAUACCCAUUGCUUUUGUCCAAUCACUUGCAAAUCUUGAGGGUCUUGAAAGGGUUGCUCCUUGGAUCAGACCAGUCAUAGAAUUGAAGAUCAUCAAAUCAUUCCUCCAGGGUUUCCUUCCUGGUCUAGCUCUUAAGAUUUUCAUGUACAUUCUUCCUACUAUUCUAAAGAUAAUGUCAAAAGUCGAAGGUCAUUUAUCAAUAUCAACAAUUGAAAGAAGUACGGCGGCUAAAUAUUACUAUUUUAUGUUGGUAAAUGUCUUCUUGGGAAGCAUAGUUACUGGAACUGCUUUUGAGCAACUUGAUUCUUUCCUUCAUCAAUCACCUACCCAAAUCCCUAGAACCAUUGGGGUUUCAAUACCAAUGAAGGCCACAUUUUUUAUUACAUAUAUAAUGGUUGAUGGUUGGGCUGGUAUUGCAAGUGAGAUUCUCCGACUGAAGAAACUUGUGAUAUUUCACCUUAAGAACAUGUUCCUAGUUAAAACAGAAAGAGACAAAGAGAAGGCAAUGGACCCUGGAAGUGUGAAACUCUCAGAGACUCUGCCAACCCUCCAGCUAUAUUUCCUUCUUGGGAUUGUGUAUGCUGUGGUCACUCCAAUCCUUCUUCCUUUCAUACUCGUGUUCUUUGGAUUUGCAUACCUUGUUUACCGGCAUCAGAUAAUUAAUGUGUAUAAUCAACAAUAUGAGAGUGUUGCUGCAUUCUGGCCACAUGUCCAUAACCGCAUAAUUGCAAGUUUGUUGAUAUCUCACCUUCUUCUAAUGGGCCUUCUCAGCACAAAAAAGGCUGCUAACUCUACCCCUCUACUUGUUGUACUACCUAUAUUAACUUUGUGGUUCCACAAAUACUGCAAAAGUCGCUUUGAACCUGCAUUCAGAAGAUACCCACUGGAGGAGGCCAUGGCAAAGGACACAGCGGAGAGAGCUUCAGAACCUGACCUAAACUUAAAAUCUUACUUGGCCGAUGCAUACCUGCACCCUAUUUUCCGGUCAUAUGAAGAAAUGGAGUUAUUAGAAGUUAGAGUAGACAAGAAUCAACCUCACAUGACUACCCAUCAAUGAGCGAACUAUAUUCCCCCUCCCUACCUCCUUAUGUUUAACAUCAUGAGAAGGAGCCAUGAAUCGGAAACUUUGAUGCCUGCUCUUCCUGUAAUUUUAGUUUCAUUCAGUUUAAAACCUUUAAUGUAGACGAGUAGUAAUAACCUUUGUUAUAGACAUGCACUUGAAAGUGAUCAUAGGAUCGAGAUGCUCCAGUUCCAUUUGUCUGAACUGGUAAUUGUAUAUUUAUAGGACAAUCUAUAUUUUAUGUAGUUUCGGUUA